AUGCUGUGUUCUCUCCAGGUGUCUAUAGGUCCUGAUAUAAUGUUGUGUUCUCUCCAGGUGUCUAUAGGUCCUGAUAUAAUGUUGUGUUCUCUCCAGGUGUCUAUAGGUCCUGAUAUAAUGUUGUGUUCUCUCCAGGUGUCUAUAGGUCCUGAUAUAAUGUUGUGUUCUCUCCAGGUGUCUAUAGGUCCUGAUAUAAUGUUGUGUUCUCUCCAGGUGUCUAUAGGUCCUGAUAUAAUGUUGUGUUCUCUCCAGGUGUCUAUAGGUCCUGAUAUAAUGCUGUGUUCUCUCCAGGUGUCUAUAGGUCCUGAUAUAAUGUUGUGUUCUCUCCAGGUGUCUAUAGGUCCUGAUAUAAUGUUGUGUUCUCUCCAGGUGUCUAUAGGUCCUGAUAUAAUGUUGUGUUCUCUCCAGGUGUCUAUAGGUCCUGAUAUAAUGUUGUGUUCUCUCCAGGUGUCUAUAGGUCCUGAUAUAAUGUUGUGUUCUCUCCAGGUGUCUAUAGGUCCUGAUAUAAUGUUGUGUUCUCUCCAGGUGUCUAUAGGUCCUGAUAUAAUGCUGUGUUCUCUCCAGGUGUCUAUAGGUCCUGAUAUAAUGCUGUGUUCUCUCCAGGUGUCUAUAGGUCCUGAUAUAAUGCUGUGUUCUCUCCAGGUGUCUAUAGGUCCUGAUAUAAUGCUGUGUUCUCUCCAGGUGUCUAUAGGUCCUGAUAUAAUGCUGUGUUCUCUCCAGGUGUCUAUAGAUCCUGAUAUAAUGCUGUGUUUCCAAGUCUACAACUCACUUUGUUCUCUCUCUACUUAUAGGAACUUAAAUACAAACGUCAUGUACUUUAUGUUCUCUCUCUCUCUCUUUGCAAGUUUACCAAUUUGUACUUCCCUAUUUCUGCAUCACUCACUAUCUCUCUCUCUCUUUCACUAUCUCUCUCUCUCUUUCACUAUCUCUCUCUCUCUUUCACUAUCUCUCUCUCUCUUUCACUAUCUCUCUCUCUCUCAUUAUGAGGUGUCUACAGUAGUAGACUAUGUAGCAGAGUGUUUAAUGGUGCAGUACAUUAUGAGGUGUCUACAGUAGUAGACUAUGUAGCAGAGUGUUUAAUGGUGCAGUACAUUAUGAGGUGUCUACAGUAGUAGACUAUGUAGCAGAGUGUUUAAUGGU